AUGCCGCGGCGAACAAAAGCAGUUGCAAAGCGUAUAAAGAACUUAGUUCAAAGCGCGAAAAAUAGGGUAGAGCCAUAUGUCGUCAACACUGUUGAAUUUGUGCUAUCUGUAUUAUUGAGCGGCGCUACAUUUUGCCAAUCAGAAUUUCAAUUCAUGCUGAAUAACAUCAAAGUUCCGUCAGAAGCUACAUUUCAUCGAGUCCAAGAAAAGGUUG